CCUUUGGGCCAUUCGGUAGAAGUUUCAGCUGCACCACCGCGCAAUCCGCCGCGUUAUGGAAAUUCCGCCUUACUUCCAGUCGGACCCUUUCUCCCGUAACUCCUCUCGUCUCUCCGAUGACACAGUCUUCUUCUCAAUCUUCCCUGACUCCUCCCCGUCUCCAGCUGACCUCCAGUCCCUCCACUUCCAAAUUCUCCACUCCAUAGCUCCCUUUACUUCCUCUUACAUAUGGCAGCACGAGCCAUUCAAUCUCUCCAUUUCUCUCACUCCCCUUCCCCACCUACACGGCCGUCUCCGUUUCGGUGACAAUCUUGAGGACGAGUGGUUCACUGUCUUCCUCCUCUUUCAUAUCUCCCAAUCAUUCCCUUCCGUCUCUAUCCGCGUCCAUGACUCCGAUGGUGAAUUCCUUCUCAUCGAGGCCGCAUUCCACCUCCCUCGCUGGGUUAAUCCCGAAAAUGCGCAGAACCGGGUGUUCAUCCGCCGUGGCAAUCUCCAUAUCAUCCCCAAACGUUCUCUCCCCAAUCCCACUCUCAUUGAAUCCCUCAAAUUUGUAAUAGACCACGAGAAAGAAUCUCUAGCUUCGGAGGCGGUGCAGUCGGCCAUUAAAAACCGAAUUGCGGAUUAUCCAGAGAGAGCAAGGAAGAACACGCACCAGGUUAGGGUUAGGGUUCCUGUGUCUGUCGCCCAGGUGCUGAAGCACGAGCCGUGUUUGAUUUCUCUUGCUGUUGAGGGGUUCUAUGAUCGAGAUAUUGAUACAAUGAAGUACGCUGCGAAGAUGGAGAGGUUUUUGAGCAGAGGAAGAGAAGAGGAGCUGGUUUCCGUGGGUGUGAAGAUGUCGAGGGCAAUGUACGCGCAGCUGGUGCAGCAGAAGUUUCAGGCCCCCAAGUGUUACCCCAUGCCGACUAGGAGUGAGGCGGGGGUUUAUGUGGAGGCGGAGUUGGGUAUGAAAAUCGCAUGCGGGUUUGAAAUGAUGUAUCAACAGAGGAAGAAAGAGGGGACGGAAGGGAAGGGGAGCACAUGGAGUAAGUACAAGGAGAGUUUGGAGAGUAGUGGGUAUUUUCAGGGGUUGAUUCCAGGGUCCAAAGAGUACAAGAGGUUGAUGGAGAAUGCAGAGGAGUAUUACAGGAACAGCUCCUUGUUUCAUAGGACCAGUGAGAUGUUGAAUUCUCCAGUGAGGCGCAUAGAUGAGAUUCUCUCUUUACCCCAUUCUGCUGAUGACUUCAAGAAUCAGGAGGUUCCUCCUUCUGAUGAUGAUUCUUGGCUUUAUGGUGGAGAGGAAGAGUUGAAUUCUGCUCUUCAGGAGAGGCAAAAGGAGUUGGAACUUUAUGAGUCUAGACGUAAAAUGGAGAAGAAGAAGUCUAAGGACCAUGAUGAUACUGGUCCAUCAUCCAGCUCAAAGGCUGAAAAUUUUGAUCUUGGGGAUCUAGCAAAAUCAAUGCAGGCUUUUAUUCGUAAGGCGUCAAGCUUUGAAGGGGCAGAAGUUCCUGGAAGCAGGAGUGUUGAAGACAAUAUAGGCCAUGAUCUUGAAUCUUUUAUGAAUGAUCUGGAAAAGAUGGAGUGUCAAGGUCGUGAGAGGGCUAGCAAUGUAGACGAUGAUGAAGGAUCAUCCUCAGAAAUGGACUAUGAUGACUUUGAGGAUGAAGGUGAUAUUUCUGAUCAUGAUGAAGAUGGAGAGGAUAUUUUCAUGCCGUCUUAUUCUGAUGCUAUGAAUGAGGAGCUGAAGAACACUUCCCUCAGGAAAAGUUUCAUCACUGCAACUGAACAUUCUUCAAACAAGAAUGAGGGAACCUCAAGUGCCAAGGAGGACACUGAUGAAGAUUUCAGUCCAGUGAAUGUGGAUUUUAACCUUGUUAAAAGCCUGCUUGAUUCCAUUUCUUCCCAAGAAGGACUUCCUGGUCCCGCUUCCAAUCUGCUUGGUCUCAUGGGCGUACAACUUCCGAAGGAUGACAAAAAGAGCAAAUGAAAUAAACCAAACUCAGAUUGAUUUUGUUGCUGAAUUUUCUCCACUUGUUAUCAGGUUUUCCAAGGCACUUGUUGUGCCCAAUUUCAGGAUACACAGUGUACAUCUUUGUGGUUGCUUUUACAUGCUUUUUGGGUCUUGUAACAAGACAACUAGUUGCUCUGAGAAUCUAAUAUCCAAAAUAGAGUUUAUUUAAAUGAAGUUUAGACUCUGCU